AUGAGUCUUUGGAAGAAACAAACUGGACAGGGCUUCUCAGUAGGGUUGGCGGCGCCGGUCACGAGGCGCGCCCUGGGCGCUGUCGCCCCCCGGGGCGACGGGGUGCGACGGGGGGGGCGCGCCCAAAUGCCCAAAAACCCCCCUAGGCGCGCCCUCCCAGGAGCCCAGGGCCCAGGCCCCCAGACCGCUCGGGGAGAUGAUGGGGAAGGUGCUCUCGGCGGCCCUGACCGGUGCCGCUAUGCUCGCGCCAUGCGAAACCGCCCGGCCCAAGAUUCCAAACAGGAUCAGACCGGCGCGGACCUCCAUAACACAGGCGGAAUCCCAUACAGCCCGAAAAGCCCCGGCGCCCCGGCGCCCCGGCGCGCCCAGGAGGACUUGGAAAAGGCGCGCCUCGGCGCCCUCAGCUCAAAGGUGGCGCCGCCAACCCUACUUCUCAGUCUCUUUUAG